AUGGCGCAGCACAACCCAUUCCCGGUCACGGUCCACCCAUACCCCUCUCCGGUCCCAGGUAGCACCUGCGCCUACGAGUUGGGCAACACAUCGGCCAGGAACGCCGUCCUCUUUAUCGGAGGGCUCGGUGAUGGCCCGCAUACUAUCCCUUAUAUCCGCACGGUUUCCAAGCACCUGGAGGAAUCGAGCAGCCUCGACUACUCCAUCUUUGAGAUCCGCAUACGGAGCUCGUUCCAGGGUUUCGGUACCUCGAGCCUGAAGAAUGACGUCGAGGACAUCUCGGCUCUGGUCAGGUACCUCCGUGGAAAGGGCAGGCAACGCAUUGUACUGUUUGGCCACUCUACGGGAUGUCAGGACUGUAUCGAAUAUGCAAACUACGAGAAGAACCAGACCGAGCCGGUCGACGGAUUCAUUCUGCAGGCGCCGGUAUCGGACCGGGAAUUCCUGGUAGCGCAGGAGCCGAACUGGAAGGAUUGCCUCGAGGCAGCGGAGCAGGCGAUUGCAGAGGGAAAGGCGGACUGGUGCCUGCCCCCGGCCAAGGUGCCCAAGGCCCUGGGGUCGUACAUGACCGCAUACAGGCUGCGAUCUUUCCUGGCAAGAGACGGCGACGACGAUUACUUCUCUUCCGACCUCUCGGAUGACCAGGUGCGGAAGUACUGGGGCCGUUUCAAGAGCCCCGUCCUCGUCGCGCACUCGGAGAAGGACGAGUAUGUCCCCGGUCACGUCGACCAGGAGGCCCUGAGCAAGCGAUACCGCGAGGCCUCCCCGCUGGUGAGCCCACUAUCGGGUCUCAUCCCCAACACGGGACACACGGUGAAGCAUGAGGAGGCGAGGGAGUGGCUGGCCAAGAGGGUAGGGGAGUUCCUCGAGUCGCUCCCUUGA